ACUGCUCGUGCGUUAGUAUUUUGAUAGCAAAAAGGGGGAUCGAAAUUUGGAUUAACACCCCCUGGCAGGUCCAAGAUGAGCAUAAUGUUGAAAGUACCGGGAAUUAUCGCGAGGAAUCUGCCCUCGGCGACUCUGAACAAGAUCGGCCUGCCUUUACUUUCGAGCCGCAAAUUUCAUUACACACCUGAUGGUAAAGCGGCUAAAGUAUCCGAUGCCAUUUCCAAGCAGUACCCGAUAGUGGACCAUACUUAUGAUGCUGUUGUGGUUGGUGCUGGUGGUGCUGGGCUUCGUGCUGCUUUCGGUCUGGUUGCCGAGGGUUUUAAGACUGCUGUCAUUACAAAACUAUUUCCCACAAGGUCACAUACCGUCGCUGCACAAGGUGGCAUCAAUGCGGCACUUGGUAACAUGGAAUCUGAUAACUGGCAAUGGCAUAUGUAUGACACAGUCAAAGGCUCCGAUUGGUUGGGCGAUCAGGAUGCUAUUCAUUACAUGACCAGGGAAGCCCCUAAAGCUGUCAUUGAACUUGAAAAUUACGGCAUGCCAUUCAGUCGCACACCUGAAGGUAAAAUUUACCAGCGAGCCUUUGGAGGUCAAUCUCUGAAGUUUGGUAAAGGAGGUCAAGCACACAGAUGUUGUUGCGUCGCAGAUCGUACUGGUCAUUCCUUGUUGCAUACUCUUUAUGGCCAGUCUUUGAGUUAUGAUUGUAACUACUUUGUUGAAUACUUCGCCUUGGACCUGCUGAUGGAAGACGGUGAAUGUCGAGGAGUAAUUGCACUAUGUUUGGAAGAUGGAACGCUUCACAGAUUCCACUCCAAAAACACUGUAUUGGCCACUGGAGGUUAUGGCAGAGCAUAUUUCUCAUGUACAUCCGCGCACACUUGUACUGGCGAUGGAACCGCCAUGAUCUCUCGAGCUAAUUUACCUAACCAGGAUCUUGAAUUUGUUCAGUUCCAUCCAACAGGAAUUUACGGAGCUGGAUGUCUAAUCACCGAAGGCUGUCGAGGUGAAGGUGGUUACCUGAUUAACAGCGAGGGUGAAAGAUUCAUGGAACGUUAUGCUCCAGUUGCAAAAGACCUUGCCUCUCGAGACGUUGUAUCUAGAUCUAUGACAAUCGAAAUCAGAGAAGGCCGGGGAUGUGGACCGGAAAAAGAUCAUGUUUACCUUCAACUGCAUCACCUGCCGCCAGAGCAACUGGCUACUCGCCUACCUGGUAUCUCUGAGACUGCUAUGAUAUUUGCUGGCGUUGACGUCACACGUGAACCUAUCCCUGUAUUACCUACGGUACAUUACAACAUGGGUGGUAUCCCAACAAACUACAAGGGUCAGGUUCUGACGACAGUGAACAAUGAAGACAAGGUAGUUGGAGGAUUGUAUGCGUGCGGUGAAGCUGCAUCCAGUUCAGUACAUGGUGCAAAUCGACUUGGGGCAAAUUCUUUGUUGGAUUUGGUGGUAUUUGGACGUGCCUGUGCAAAGACAAUUGCCGAGGAGAAUAAGCCUGGAGAAAAAAUCGGAAGUCUUAGACCUAAUGCUGGCGAGGAAUCUGUUGCUAAUUUGGAUUGGGUCAGGAAUGCCAAUGGUUCUGUUACUACUGCCGAAUUAAGGUUGAACAUGCAGAAAACUAUGCAAACGCACGCAGCUGUGUUUAGAACUGCAGAAACUUUGCAGGAGGGAUGUCGCAAAAUGUCUGACAUUUACAAGGGUAUGAGCGAUCUCAAAGUUUUGGACAAGUCGAUGAUUUGGAACUCAGACCUGGUAGAGAGUUUGGAGUUACAAAACUUGAUGGUGAAUGCUAUGCAGACCAUUUACGCUGCUGAAAACCGAAAAGAGAGCAGGGGAGCUCAUGCUCGUGAAGAUUUCAAAGAUAGAAUCGACGAAUUCGAUUAUAGCAAACCUUUGGAGGGACAGAAGCCCAAGCCGGUUGAGCAGCAUUGGAGGAAGCACACUCUGACUUCGGUCAACAUUCAGACAGGCGAUGUGAAAAUCGAGUACAGACCAGUAAUUGAUGAGACGUUGGAUGCUCGGGAGUGUGCGACAGUACCUCCUGCAAUACGAUCAUACUAAAUUAAUUACAAGUAAUCACUUUGAUUUUUCUUCAUGACCUAAUUUAUUCUGGAUACGUACUUUGUCACCUGUUCCAAGGUCUCAGGUCUCUUAAACGUGUCUUGACAAGCUCAUUAGUCACAGAGUAUUGGCGAUCAUCUUUUCAGUUUUUUAUACUGAUAUAAUUUAUUACUGUAAACCCAAUCGUGCACCAAAGUCGAUUCUUGUCACUGCUUAGGCGCUUCGCAAGCAUUAAUAUUGGCAUUCUUUGAGGAUGCUGAUGCUGAAAUUUUAUAUUCAAAUGUUUCAGCAAAAGAGAUUUUAUCGUUCUCUUGGAGAAGCAAUACGAUUAAAUAUUAUUUGUAAUUAAUGUAUAGUAAGAUAUGGUAAUGAUGAUGCGUUUGUAGUAGCCGUAACCUGUUGUUAGAAGGAGCACAGAAUUUGACUCAUUCUUCUCUUUUGGAAGCACGACCUGCCUAUAUUUUAUUUCUGAUAAUUUCAGUUAAGGUGCAUCAUGCAGCCCACUAACGAAUUAAAAGUACAAAUUAAUGAAAUUUGCAAUACAAUAUUAACUUAAUACUCGAUAGAACGUUACGCAAUACGAAUGGGCCACUGUAUCAGACGCGGCUAUUUACUUAUCGUUGUUAUCGAGACAACGUGUUUCGCAGGGCUGUAGAUAAAUUUGUUACCUUCCUAAAAGUAUUAAAAAUCGAGUGCAAAGAAUUAAUUAUUAUUUUUUCUCAACAGUAUUUCAGUGAUCUUUCCUGUGAUACUCAAAUUGAAAUGAAUUCUAAUUUCACAUCAAGGAUUGAUACGUAUUAUCGAACGUACCUAUUGGCUAUUGAAAAAAAAGAAAUUGAUGAUCAUACUAAUAAUAUUAUUGUAAUUUUAGUCAAGUGCAUAAGUAACUGCACAAAUUUAGAGAAGACAGCCGGAUAUCGGCUUUAAUGUGUUCUAAGAGGCCGGUCAAUAACAUUGUACAUACUAAAAAGUUGUCAAUAAAAUGUUACAACUUAUUUUA